AUGAAUCGUUUCCAUCGCCUUUCUCCAAUCAGGCUCGGCGGAUCCCGAAGAAGCUACCACUUUCGACAGUCCAUAUUUGGCUUCUCUGACAAAUCUCCGGCUGGAAAAAAUAAUUUGAUCGGUAGGUUCUAAAAAAUGUGUCAUUAUGACACUUUUAAUUGACUUUUUUCUAGAGAUUGAUCAAACAAUUCAAAGUCCGAAAGAUUUGUGUGACCUCUAUCAGAAGUACGGUUACAGGGCAGCAAAUCUCGAUCCACUUGGGCUGUGGGACAACUCAGGGUAAGAAAAUCAAAUUCGGUAGUUGUUUUUUGUCAUGUCAAACAAUCUUCUUUUUGCGAUAUUUUUUCAGAAACAAGAAGUUGUUGAGAGAAUUUGCUGCGACUUUGGAUGCGCAAAAUAUUUCUCAUGGAGACUUCUCCGGUCGACUUGAUGAAUUCAUUAGUUAUCUGGAGACGACUUAUUGCAACGACCUGGCGAUAGAGUUCAAGCAUUUGAAUGUACGUUCACCCAAGAUUAGUAAGGUAGUUUUAGAGUGUAAAAGAACAAAAAUGGAUUGCGGAUGAGUUUGAAAAGAUAAAACGAACUGAAUUCAGUCGGGAUGAGAAGAAAAAGAUUGCCGAGUCCAUGCUGAAAGCGUUGGUAUGUGUUAUUUCUGUUGUUAUUGAAGUUUAGGUACCUAAUUCUAUGAUCAGUUGGCUUUCAGGCAUUCGAAAAAUUCUUGGAAGCUAAAAUACCAACUCUGAAGCGAUAUUCCGGAGAAGGAGCGGAAGCAGCGGUCGUCUUUCAUGAACGACUGUUAAAGGAUGGCCCCAAAUACAAUAUCAAAGAGCUGAUCUGGGGAGGAGCGCACAGAGGACGGAUGGCGUUGCAUACAGUCUUAUUUGGCUUGGAGCCAGAUACAGUUUUAAGAAAGGUAUUGCAAAUGUGCUUUACAAAUUGUAUUUUAGAUUCGCGGAUUACCUGAAUUCCCGGAUAACGUUGACGGAAGCGGCGAUGUUUUGUCGCAUUUGAGUAAGCGUUUUGAAGCAUUUGCAUUUGUUAUGUUUUAGAUUGCCAUUAUGAUGUGGAAACGGCGGAUGGUAAGAUCCAUGUUAGUACUGCCCCGAACCCUUCUCAUUUGGAAGUUGCGGGUCCAGUGGCCGUCGGAAAGAGUCGCGGACGAGCGUUGACACUUCAUGUUGGUGAUUAUGGAGAGACAACAGUCGGGGACGAGAUUCUUUGCGUUCAUUAUCAUGGAGAUGGAGCAUUCAGCGGACAAGGCGUUGUGUGGGAGACCUUAUCAAUGGCGCAGGUACCUCAUUUCCGAAUUGGCGGUUCUAUUCAUUUGGUAGCGAAUAAUCAAGUCGCAUUCACUGCCGAAAAGGACAUCGGAAGGUCUAGUUUGCACUGCACUGACUAUGCUAAGGCUCUCGAUUGUCCAGUUAUUCAUGUCAAUGCCUGUUCUUCUGAGGAUGCUUCGAGAGCAGCUGAACUCGCACUGAAAUAUAGACAGGUACGUUCAUUUUUAUUUUUUAUUGCUUCUUUAGGAAUUCAGGAAGGACGUUUUUGUGAAUCUCCACUGUUUCCGACGACACGGUCACAAUGAAAUUGACAAUCCAAGGUUUACAAACCCAUUGUUGUAUAAAAAAGUGGAUGCAAUGGAAGAUAUUCCCGAUGUUUAUGCGAGCAAACUGGUUGAGGAUGGCGUGGUUGACGCUGGAUUUGGGGAGAAAGUCAAAAGGGAUUACCAGAGCUAUCUAAAUGACUCGUUGACUCGGGUGGAUUCGGGAAGGUCAGAACCAAAGUAAGCGUUUCGUUUUUUUGAAUUCAUACCUUUGAAGUAAGUAAUAAAAAGAGUUUUACAGAGCUGAUCAUCUCCAAGGGUAUUGGGCUGGAUACCAACAAGCCCCAAAAGCAGUUACCGUAUACUCGACAGGGCUGAAUACAGAUCUCCUGAGGUAUGUCGGAGCAAGGUCGGUCAAUGUUCCCGAUGGAUUUGUAAGUGCAAUAAAUAAAUUGAAGAGUUCUUUUGAUCUUUUAGAAGGUACAUCCUCACAUCUUAAAGACUCAUAUUAAUGCGAGAUUGCAACGAUUGGAGAAAAGCGAACACAUUGAUUGGGCCACUGCGGAAGCGUUUGCUUUUGGAUCCUUGCUGUUACAGGUGGGGGUGUGUUACUAUUAUGUCAUCGAUUUAGGGUUAUGAUGUUCGUAUCAGCGGGCAGGAUGUCGGAAGAGCAACUUUCUCGCAUCGCCAUGGAGUUCUGGUUGAUCAAGAGACGGAUGAAAUAUACAUUCCGUUGAACAAUAUCACUGACGGACAAAAGAGUUUCUUCGAAGCCGCGAACUCGCCAUUAAGUGAAGAAGCCAUCCUUGGGUUCGAAUACGGGUUCUCAAUUGAAAAUCCGAGGAGAUUAGUCAUAUGGGAAGCUCAGUUUGGGGAUUUUUACAAUACUGCUCAAGUCCAAAUCGACACUCUCAUCGCUUCGGGUGAAAGUGAGUACUUGUGACACUGUAAUGUACUGGAAUAGUUUGUUAUCAUAAUGUAGUCACAACUGUCAAGAUGUUUUUAUAAUAAUUUCUACUUCCAGGCAAGUGGUUGAUCCAGUCCGGUCUAGUUUUGGUUCUCCCCCAUGGAAUUGAUGGCGCCGGUCCCGAUCAUAGUUCAUCCCAUAUGGAGAGAUUCUUGCAGUUGACGGAUAGCAGAGAGGACCAGAGACCCGUUGAUGGAGACAACGUGAAUAUGCACGUUGUCAAUCCAACCACCAGCGCUCAAUACUUCCAUUUAUUGAGAAGACAGGUACAGUAAUCUAACAUUUUUCGUUUAUAUUGUCAUGAUUUUAGUGCCUCACUCCAUUCCGGAAGCCUCUUAUUAUAAUAUCCCCAAAGGUCCUUCUUCGUCAUCCAAUGGCCGCUUCACCUUUGUCUGAUUUCGAGGAGGGAACCUUCUUCAAACCUGUUCUGGAUGAUGUGGAUUCGAAACCGGAGAAGGUGAAGAAGGUAAAGGGAAUUUGUUUUAGAUAUAUUACUUUGAUUAACAUAGGAGUAGGAUUUAUCUGAUAUAAUUUCAGGUUGUAUUUGUUACCGGUAAACACGCCGUAUUGUUGAUGACCGAGAGAACAAAGAGGGGUUUAGAAGAUACAGCGAUUGUAAGACUGGAGAGACUCUGUCCAUUCCCAGUAAGCGAGGUUAGAGAAGUCCUCAAGAAGUAUUCAAAUGCCUCCAGUAAGUCCACCGUUUUCUUGGGUCUCCCUUUUAUGUACGAUCCAUUGUUCAUCUGUGAAUACUUUAGAUUUCAUCUGGUCCCAAGAGGAACCCAAAAAUGCUGGCGCCUGGUCUUUCAUUCGUCCUAGAUUCGAAAACGCUCUUGGACUUCAGGUAAGAAAUCAGGGAUUACUUUAUGUAAUUUCUUAUAGUUAAAAUAUGUUGGACGUCCAGAAUUGGCAUGGAUGGCGACAAGCAUCGGACAGCACCAUCAAAAAGAGGCUGAUAAAGUCCUCCAAGACACAUUCCAGACAUCUUAA